AUAUACCACUAGUAUAUUUUAUCAUAACUGCCAAAUUAUACGUUAUCUGUCAAUUAUUUCGGCGUCAACAUCUAUCCGAUUUCUUGUAUUUUACGACUCAUUUUGCAGAUUUAUUUGAAGUAAAAAAUGGCGACGGAAGAGCAAGUGAAACAUUCUCCGGCGGUGUUCGAUACGGAGGCGGCGGAGGGAUUACUGAAGGAGCUCCGAGCGACGGUUAACACCGGAAAAACUAAGAGUUACGAAUGGAGGCAAUCGCAGUUGAAGAAUCUGUUGAAGAUGAUUGAAAGUAGCGAGAAACAGAUUUGCGAAGCUUUGUUUUCCGAUUUAUCGAAACCGGAAUUGGAAUCUUUCGUUCAUGAGAUUGCUAUGAUAAAAACUUCAUGCAAGUUGGCUCUGAAGAAGUUAAAAGAUUGGAUGAAACCAGAAAAGGCGAGCACGAAUUUAGGCACUUUUCCUUCGUCAGCAGAAAUAGUGUCGGAACCGUUGGGCGUUGUAUUGGUCAUAUCAGCAUGGAAUUACCCAAUAUUGUUGUCUGUUGAUCCAGUCAUAGGAGCAAUCGCUGCUGGGAAUGCUGUUGUUUUAAAGCCCUCAGAAAUUUCUCCGGCCACAUCUUUACUGCUGGCAAAACUUUUUGGAGAAUUUAUGGAUAACUCGGCCAUUAAAGUUGUUGAAGGAGCUGUUCGGGAAACAACUGUCCUCCUAGAGCAAAAGUGGGAUAAAAUAUUCUAUACAGGGAACGGGAGAGUGGCGAGAGUCGUCAUGGCUGCUGCUGCAAAACAUCUGACACCUGUUUCUUUGGAACUUGGAGGCAAAUCCCCUGUUUUGGUUGAUUCGGACAUCGACUUAACAGUGACUGCGAGGCGUAUAGUAUCAGGUAAAUGGGGAUGUAACAAUGGACAAGCAUGUGUAUCUCCUGAUUACAUAAUAACAACAAAAGAUUAUGCUCCAGCGUUGAUAGAUUCUUUAAAAGAUCAGCUGUUCAAGUUUUAUGGAGAGGAUCCUCUGAAGUCUAAAGAUAUUUCUCGAGUUGUGAGUUCCAAUCACUUUGCUCGACUGACAAAGCUAUUGGAUGAUGACAGGGUUUCUGAAAAGAUAAUUCUAGGAGGUCUAACAGACAAGAGCAGCUUAAAAAUCGCACCAACCAUAGUGCUGGAUCCCCCAGAAGACUCCCUGAUAAUGAAUGAGGAGAUAUUUGGUCCUUUACUUCCUAUAGUAACGAUCGAGAAAAUUGAAGAUGGCAUUGAGUUCAUCAACUCAAAAGCAAAGCCGCUUGCAGCAUACCUAUUUACCAACAAGAAGCAGCUCAAGGAGAAGUUUGUGAGCAACAUAUCUGCUGGUGCUGUAGUCAUUAAUGAUGUCACGUUACAUCUUAUGGUCAACACAUUACCAUUUGGCGGAGUUGGUGAAAGCGGAAUAGGAGCAUACCAUGGGAAAUUUUCAUUUGAUGCUUUUAGUCACAAGAAAGCAGUCCUCUACAGAGGUUUCUUUGGAGAUGCACCUGCAAGGUACCCACCAUACACACCAGGCAAGCUUAGGCUUCUCAAAGCUCUUUUAGAUGGCAGUAUACUUGGCAUUUUCCGUGCUAUUUUUGGCCGGUCGUAAGUGUAAAUCUGCAACUUGCUUGCCCUAAAAAGUUCCCGUUACCAUAUUGUACAUCAAGGUUACUAACAAAAACUAUGUGAAUGGCUGAAUGCAUUGGUAUAUUACAAGUUCUCUUGAGAAUUUUCUUUUGUAAUUUCUUCUCAAACCAUUUGAAGUUCAGGAUUUCUUUGCCCUCAA